CAAAACCUUGAUACUGCUUUGAAAAGUGUACCCUAUUUGAAGCCCCUUCAGUGAAGUCCAGUCCUCCAAAAUCCUCGCAUACUCUCUCUCUUUCUCUUAAAAUUUUCCUCCCUCUUCCAAGAUGAUGAAGCUAUCGCGGUUCUUGCAGCAGUCCAGGAAUUCAUUUGGGAAUCAUAUUGAUGGUAGAGAUGCUUCAAGGUUGCAUACUCUCACAUUCCAGGCUCGCAUUUCAACUUCGCAGGACUUUACUGCAAACGAACGUAUAUAUGCACCUUACUCUGUUUUCAAGGGAAAAGCUGCGCUUUCAGUUCAACCUGUUCCACCUACUUUCACUAAGUUGACUUCAGGGCAUGUUAAAGUUGAACGCCGUGGUAUUAUGAUGUUGACUUUCAUGCCUGCCAUGGGUGAGCGCAAGUAUGAUCAUGAAAAGCGGCAGCAUUUUGCCUUGUCAGCAACAGAGGUUGGUUCUUUAAUUAGCUUGGGUCCUAAAGAUUCUUCUGAGUUCUUCCAUGAUCCUUCAAUGUUGUCAAGUAAUGCUGGACAAGUGAGAAAGAGCUUAUCUAUUAAGCCACAGGCAGAUGGUGGUGGUUAUUUUGUGUCAUUAAGUGUUGUUAAUAAUAUUUUGAGAACCAAUGAGCGGUUCAAUGUUCCUCUCACAGCUGGUGAAUUUGCAGUUUUGAAAACAGCUUGCAGCUUUGCAUUGCCCCAUAUCAUGGGUUGGGAUCGGCUGACUGCUAAGCUGCCCAGAGAGAAAGUGGGAAGUCCAUCAAAAGCAAACAGGCAAGAGCCCAAUUUAGAGUGGGCUAAGUGAAGCCACGCUUAUCUUGUAGAACUUUGGAUGCAAUGCAGUGCUUGAAAGUACUACCUCAUGAUUUGUAUAUUGAGAGCACUGACUUUUGGUUUUGAGCAUCCAUGUUAUAUAUUAUAACUUCAACAUCUGCUGCAUUUCUUCCUAUGUAGUCGUUGUAUGCAAUUUGCUUGUAAAUACUUGACUGGCUUAUUCGAAAUACAAUUCUAGGCUUUCUUUGUUUCA